UGUGUGAGCUGGGUGGGGACGCAUAUCAAGCUUAGCUCGCAAACAAGUGGGGCUGCGAGUUGUGCACUAUGCCCCAACCACAUCCAAAACAAAUCAAGACUGUCAGUUGUUUUGUUAUCGUCGCGCGGCGUGUUCAGCGACCGGUCAUGUGGCAUCUGACCAUGCCACGGCGAUAGUCUGCUGUUUUUUGACUAUGGAUUAGGAAGCAUUUUCAGACUUUUUUUCUUUUUAGUUGUUUUUUUAUGCCAGUUAUUGAGCCAGUUUUAGAAUUAGUUUUAUUUUUCGUUUUUGGAUUAUUACCGCACGUUUGAAGAUUAUCUCUAAGAACCGCUUCGACAAGAUUCUACGUUCAGAUAGAAACUACAUGGAAGCAUCGACAACUUAAUUCGAGAUUGCUCUGUAAAUAGUAGAAUUCUAACAGAGAUUGAAAAUUUUGAUAAAAGUAUCAUCUAUUUGUGCGGUGCGUCUGAUAAGAACGGUCGAAAACUUUAGAAAUAGUCACACGUGGACUGUUGUUUUCUUUCUGAUAAGAAGAAGAUAGAGAUAUUUUCAUGGUUUUCAUGGACGAAUGUCGGUCGGACCUCAACAGGUGCAUAUGGGCUCCGAGACCGGGAGUGCCUUUAUCACCAACAGCCCCAGAGGCGGAAGGGCCCCCUGUUCAGAUGGAGCCUGUAGAUCUUAGUAUUAAAACACCAGUAGUUCUACAAGUUCCUAAGUUUCCUCAGCGAUUAAAAAAUCCCGCACCUGCUCCAAAACAACAACAACCACCUGAUAUUCCUAAAUGCAAUGUGAUAAACCAACAAGACAUCAGACUAAGUUUGACAGAUCCAAGUCGAUAUUUAACAUCAACAGCAACACUUCUAGCCUACCAGAGGAUAAAGGAUGCCGCUUUAUCAUUUACGAGACCUUCAACUACGGAACCAUCAUUACCUAGCAAAUCUAGUACAAUUCCAGUCAACAAGGAUUUUGAAGACAACAAAACGCCAGACAUAACAAUAAGAAGAAGAAAGAUUCACCGGUGUGACGUAGCAGGUUGUCAUAAAGUUUACACGAAGAGUUCACACCUUAAAGCACACAAGAGGACUCAUACAGGAGAGAAACCAUAUCAGUGUUCAUGGGAGGGUUGCACUUGGAAAUUCGCCAGAUCCGACGAACUGACCAGGCACUACAGGAAGCACACGGGCCAGAAACCGUUCAGCUGCAACUUGUGUCAAAGAUCUUUCAGCAGGUCCGAUCAUCUGUCCUUGCACAUGAAAAGACACUAACGGAGAUUUCCUAAACUCAUUGUGUAGAAUAAUUGUUUAGCUAAUUUCUUUCAACGUUCAAAUUCUUUUUCACAGUUGGCUUUUCGUAACAAGAAGGUGAUUCAGUAUGUGGUAAGUAUGUAGAAGAAGUAUGUGUCGCGUUUAAAGAACAACACUUGUGUAUAUCACUAAGUGCGUAGCAUGUAUUUAAAUAGAGACAAAAAAAUAUCAUUCGCUAAACUAUUUUCCAAAAAAAUAGUACCGAUAACAAAAAUUAUAUUAAUUUUUUGAAGCGAAUCUUUUAUAGUGACGUUGUAUUAAUUUUUAUGUAUAGGAAAACGAAAAAUCGUCGUGACACUUAAGAUAGAUGGAGUCAAUUUACUCAACAAGAGGAGUCCGUUAUACAAAUGUAAACAUUUCAUUUAAUUAUAAAACAAUUUUUUUUAUUAAUAUUUAAUAAUUUUUACGCUUUAUUUUUAUACUGAAUUGUUAUGAAAUAGUGGUUGGUAGAAUGUAAAGAUAAUCAAUUUUGUUAAUUAAUAUUAUGCAUUGAAUUAUGACAGCGUCUGUGCGAGGCUGUCAAUUGUUGUAGUAAGUUUCAAACAUCUUCUUCUUCUUUUAGUUUCAUGGCCUCCACCUCUUAGGUACUUGGCCAGUCCUCGUAUUUAGACUGUAAUUGGAAGGGAAUCCUCUUUUCAAAGGGUCUGGAUUUUCCAUAUUCCAUUCUUUAAAUUCAUUGUAAUAUGAUUUUCAAAUAACUAUUUUAUAUUUUAAUUUGAAAUAUUGUUAAAAAUUGAUUGAUCUUUCUUAAGGUUUGGUCAUUAAUAUUAUGUAGGAGAUUUUGUAUUGAAAUGGCGGUUGGACUUCCUAUAUUAACAAGUUCCUGGGCAUUCAAGUAACAUAUAUGAAUUAUACUUCCUAUUUGUCCACGUUCACAAAAAGGAGUAUCACUACAAUUGAUUUUAAACAAAUGGUCUGGUGUGAGGGAAUAGCCCAAAUUAUUAGAAUAGCAUUCUAAUAAUUGAUGUCAAGUGCCUUCGAUCCACAAAUGUGAAUUUGUGGAAGCAAGGGUUUAUAGAAAAAUCACUUUGGCAUUGUUGAUACCGUUUGCCUUUAGUUUUAAACUGUUUUGUCCAUUCAACUUUAAACUCAUUUACAAUUUUUUGUUUAAUAAAAGGCAAAAAGUCAAAUUUAUCUAUUUUAAUGUCUGCAGGAACAUUUAAAGUCUUGCCUAUAUUUGCCAAUUUAUCAGCCUCUGUAUUCCCCUUUACUCCAGUAUGGCCUGGAAUCCAAGCUAAGAUUAUAUUAAAUCCUGCUUCCAUUGACUCAAUAAUGAGUAUUUUAGUUAGGUUUACAAUAUGGUGUUUGUCCCUCAGGUGAUGUUAUGUAAUUUUUGGAUAGCACUUUUAGCAUCUGAAAAAAUUAUUGCUUCUUUAAUAUUUUUUUCAAUACAAACAGAUACUGUCUUGUUAAUUGCAAUAAUUUCUGCAAUGCAUAUUUGAGUGUGCUCGUGUAAUCUGGAUGCAUAGUUAUAUUAUAAUUGAUUGAAGGUAUGUGUACUCCAAAACGUACUGUCCUCGACUCGGGAUCUAAAGAACCAUCUGUAAAUACCCAUGAAUAAUUUCCAUAUGUAGCUGAAAAUUCGUUAAGAAAUUCCUGUUGAGUAUAGGUUUCCUUUUUUUUGUGGGUUGAGAAACUUGUCUGAAUUGUUCCCGUAAGAUAAUUCAGUUCGAUCUAAAAGCGGGAUUUAAUGUUCUCUUUAUUUAGAUUAACGAGGUAUUUGUCAAAGUUAUUUUUAAUUUCAAAUGAACUCUGACAGGAUGUCGUUCAGUCAGUGGAUUUUUCAGAUCAGCUAGGAUUUUCAGAUAGAAUUUAGCGCAAAGUAAUUUUCUUCUUGCAUCUAAUGAAAUUUCUCCACUUUCUGCUAACAAAGCAUUAGUGGGGGUAGAUCUCAUACAGCCCGUGAUGAUUCGUAAAGCUUUAAACUGAAUUUUAUCUAAUAUUAAGAGUGUGGACUUAGUACAGGGUUUUAAUAUUGCACAUGAAUAAUCCGAAUGGGGUCUUACGAUUCCUUUAUAAAUUAAUGAGAGUGUAUGGAGGUUUGCUCCCCAACAGGUUCCACAUAUUGCCCUCAUUGUCAGGCGCGGAUCCAAGGGGGGUCAAUGGAGUUAAUUGCCCCCUCCUUGAGACCUCGCCU